AUGGAGCCAGAUUAUCCAGUCCCUCACUCAAGCUGGAAUAACGAGGGGUCUUCCACCAUCGUCCUUAUUCACGGGGCAUGCACAUCUAGAGUCUGGUGGGACAUCACAAUUCCCCACCUCCCACCAAGCUAUCAUAUCCUAGCCCCCGAUCUACCGGGUCACGGCGAAGCAUCUCAAGAAGAGUACUCAGUCCAGUCAGCCGCAGACUCAGUCGCUCAAUUAAUCACCGAUAAGGCAAUCAACUCUAAAGCACACAUAAUAGGACACAGCCUAGGUGCAGACGUUGCCAUCCACUUUGCCAACGCUUAUCCAGACCUAAUCAACUCAAUCUUUGUCUCAGGCUUUGGAUCAAUACCCCAGGGAUCAUUAACUUCCGUCGUUCCAUACGCAGUAUGGACGAUGCAACGUAUUGAGAACCUUAUCCCAAAACCUGCGAUUCGGUGGGCGAUGGAUGGGACAGAUUUGCCUGCCACAAGUCCGAGUUCUCUAGAUCUUUGUCGGCGGGUUAUGGCGCCAAGGGCUGGAUGGCCGGAGCCAUGGCCUGCUAGGACUUUGAUAGUUGUUGCUGGGAAGGGUGGAUUGAUUCCUAGUGCUGAUAAUCCGAAGGUUGCGCUGAGGCUGGUGGAGACUGGGCGGAGAAGAAAUUCAGAGACGGUUGCUUAUGUUCAUCCGAAGAUGAGACAUCCUUGGAAUCGACAGGAUCCGCGUCUUUUUGCUGAUGCCGCAGUUGCUUGGAUUGAGAGCAAGGCCUUGCCUGAUGGCUUUGAGAAACUUGCAUGA